AACCACUGAGCUACAGGUCUCCGUGGAUUGAAGUUUCCCCCGAAUUCUUGUGACAUUAGAGGAGAUCACUUAGGUUUGAAAAUUUGCAAUUUGAGAACAAAAAUGUGGCUUCAUAGUGCAAAGAUACUGCAAAGCUUUAACAGGUGUUACAGUUUGCGGAUAAAGACUGGAGUGAAGAUCAAGAUGGGUUUGUCAGUUUUCCGUUCACGACCACUCUGUAGGACACUGUUUUUCACACCAUACUUGAAGAAUGAAGAAAGAAAUGUCAGUACUGAUAAAUUGGAUUUAGAUAGCUGGAAGACUGUCAUGAGAGAAAAUGUAGUAGAAGAGAUUCAACCAUCCACCUCAGAAAAUCUUGAGGACUCUCCCCUAGCUGCCACAAGAGAACUUGUUGAAAUGUGGCGGCUAGCAGGGAAGCAAGUGCCGGAGAAUAUGACCGAAGAACAUCUGAAAAACUUCGAAGAACUACCUACAAAAUCCUCAAAGAAAAAGUACCUGAAAUUCCUAUCGAUCAAAGAAGGCAUUAAAAAAAAUGCAAAGAUAAAGAAAGAAAAAUUAAGGCAGGAUCGAGCAGACCAGCUGGAAAAGGCAGGAGACAGUGAGGAAGAACAAGAAAUGAAGAAUUCUUUUUUCUUACAAUUCUGGCAACGAUCAUUUAACGUGCUCCAUAACUGGAGAGCAGCUCAAUCUAUGAUACAUGGCCAGCCACUAGUGUUUGAUAUGAGCUAUGACAAACAGAUGGGCAAUCGAGAAUUGGUGAACACUGUGUCUCAAUUGAUAGAGUGUGAGGGGUGGAACAGAAGAUCUUUAGAACCAUUUCACUUGCACUUCUGUAACAUAAGUCCAGGAGGAUCGUAUCAUAAGGAGUUACUAAAGCGUUAUGGAGCUACCUGGGAUAAACUCUUAAUAACUGUAACUGAAAAGUCAUACAUCGAUAUUUUCCCUCGAAACAAGCUUGUGUAUUUGACUGCGGAUUCCCCACGUGUAAUGAAAACUUUUGACCAUGAUAAAAUUUAUAUUAUUGGAUCAAUUGUUGACAGGUCAAUUCAGACUGGAUUGUCACUUGCAAAUGCAAAGCGUUUGAAUUUGGCAACUGAACGACUUCCAUUGGAUGAGUAUUUGAAGUGGGAAAUUGGUGCGAAAAAUCUCACCUUGAAUCAAAUGAUCAACAUUAUGUUGUCCAUGAAGGACACUGGUAGAUGGGAAGAGGCUUUAAAGUUUGUCCCAAAGAGGAAACACGAAGGAUUUGUACAGAAUAGAAAAGAAAAGAUACUGUAUAAUGACAAAAAGAAAAGAUGUACUCCAUUGUUUAGUAGAACCGAAAACUACAGCAACAAGAAUACAAUGGACUAUGAUCGAGAAAUGCGUCACACUCAGUAUAAAUCAACUUUGAAUCCAAAUCAAGCAACAAAAAAACGUUUACAUAGUCGUAAACAAAAAAGCAUAUGGGAGGACUAAAUGUUCUUAAAAGUGUUGUUCAGUAUGUUAGCUAUAAGAAAUGUCAAAAUCAAAAGACUGAUGUAUCCAGAUGCAUUGGGAUAUCAUGCAUAAAAUCCAUAAUUGUACUGCUUCCCCCAUUGAAAUAACUAAACCAUAUUGUAAGAAAA